AUAUUUUUGGUUCCAACGAUGUAUGAUUCCUACUCAAAAUCUGUCGUAAAAUAGGAUUUAACUGCGGAGAAUGGUUGCUUGCGUCGAGCGCUCGAAGAGACCGAGGAAAGGCUUCGAAUCACGGAAGAGAGUACAACGAAAUCGCAACUCCCUAUAACAUUGGGUAAAUCCAGUGAAAUGGCAGCGACAAAGAUCAUCGAAUUGAGUAAGAAAUGUAGGGAACAGACGGCUGAAAUCGAGGUACUCAAAACGAAAUGUAAGAAUCUCGAGGGCAAUCUAGCCAGCAAGACGGCCGAAUUGGAAAACUUAAAACAUGAGCUAACUCGUUCGAAGGAACUACCAGAGUCUCGUAACAGUGAGUUGCUCGUGUAUCCUCUUUCAAGAUCUUAGCAAUAUCUUGAUAUCGUUUAUCCAUGCAAUAACAUAAUCGAGAUCCAGGAUAGUAUCCUUGACAAAGGUACCGGAGAUGUCCAAUCUUUAUCGAAGGAGGACGAGGAUAAGAUCAAAAUUCUAACGGAGAAGAUGCAACAAGUACAAACGAAGCUUUACGAAUCGAAGAACGCUUAUGCGAGUCUCAAACAGGAGUUCAACAAAGCUCAAAAGUUACUGUGCAGCGAAGUUGGCGAGAACGUAACGGUGGCUGGAUUAUCCUCGCAACUGGGUGGCUGGCGUGGAAGAGCCGAACAAAUUCGACUGCUUCAACAAAAGGUUUCCGAAUUACAAUUAAAGUUAUCGGAAUAUGAUGGAACUGUGAAAGGAUCCUCCGCAACCUCCUUGGAACGAAAGAAUCUCGCGCAUCUUCGAAAUGCAGAAAAGGAGAGACGACAACAGAUUGAAAAUUCGGCGAAGGAGCUCAGGCAAGCAGAAAUUGCAUUGGAAACCUAUAAAAGGAAGCUCGAAGCCUCGAAAGCUAGAAUAAAAGUUCUAGAAAAUGAAUUGAAUACGACAAAGGCGAAUAUUGCUGUGUUAAACGAAAAAAGAUCUCAUGACGAUCAUUUGAUUGAGACUCUUAACAGUCGACUCAAAUCUGCUGAAAAUAAAUAUCAUGAACGCGAAAUGGACAUCAAGAAUAAGGAAGAGAAAUUGGAACGCGAAAGUAUCGUUUUGAAAAAUGAUCUACAAGCUGCUCAAAUACAAAUCGAUCGGUUAACAAGGAAACUCGAAGAACGUGAAAUCGAGAUAGAUAAACUGAGAAAUGGUAUAAUAACGGAAGAUUCGAAACAACGUGUUCUUCAUCUGGAAGAUCGAACUGUUAGCAAUUAUCGUACGAGUCCUCCGAAUACGAUUAGAAACUUCAACGAACCUAACGAAUAUGUCACUAUGGCUAUCGCGGCAGAAGCUGAACGAGAGAGAUUAUUAGAGUUGGUGACUGUGUUGAACAGACGAUUGGACAAGGAGAGAAUUGAUGCAAACAAUCUAACCGAAUCCUUGCGAAACGAACAAAACAAGGUGGUAAAAUUGGAAUCUAAAUUACGAAAAUUAGAAAACGAAAAAAUAGGGAUUUCGAAGGUGGACAGUGGUUACAGGGUAAGAAAUCUAAGAUCAAUCUCGGGAUCUCGAACGAAUGAAGAAUCUGCAAAUGCCGAACAAAUCCAUUUCAAGCUCGAAUUACUUGAAGAGGAAUGCCUCGCUUUGAAAGUAAGAUUAAAUACGGUACAACAGGACAAAGCUUCGGACUUAGAAACAUAUAAACGAAUGUUAGAUCAAGCCAGAAAAACCUUUCAGGAAGCAUGCAAAAAUAGACCACCAACAACAACUGCGAGUCGUUCGACAGUCACCGUUUAAUGCAAACUCAUUAUAUUCUUUAUUAAAAAUCUAUACUUCUCAAAGGAUAAUUAAAUAAAAUGAUAUAUUUUUUUUUAUUCUUCCGUUUCUCUUCAAUGCGUUUUUUUAAAAAUUCAUUUUGAAAUUCCAUCUAAUUCGAUUAGCGAUAUGUACUUGCGUAUAUGACUCUCUUCUAUCGAGCCGAUCAUAAUCGAUCACGCCUUUGCCCUAAUCUACCAGUAAGAAAAAGUUUGAAUUCUUUAUUAAUUAUCUUGAGAAUAUUUUUAAAAAGUACGAAACAACCUGAUAU